AUGGAGGAGGACGAAGAAGAGCACGAUGUGUUCGGAGGGUCGGACGAUGCCUUGGAGAUGGACGAGCUCAAGGACAGUGUACCUCUGGGCCGCAUGGGGUUACCUAUCCGGCCCAGAAUGUCAAGGGCGUCGGCUACCGACUCUGGGAGGCCGACCGGGCGAAAUCGCCGGUCCAGCGUGUUCGAGGAGAACGCGUUUCAUGAGAUCCUAAAGGAAAGGCUACAUGAUACCAUCCUUCAAGUUGUGCAUACAGACAAGAGUGAAAUGGAAGAAGAAGAUGAUGAUGUUUUUGAAGAACCUUUGACAUGGAAACCUAGUCUGGUGAAACAAAGAUUAGCUAAUACCUUUAAGAUGGUUCCAGAUAGGGAAUUUGACUUUGCUGCAGUUGCAAAAAGAAUGGAUGAGCUUUUGGAGGUUAAAUUCAGACAUAAGGAAAUCGAUACCAAACAAUUUAAGGCAUUGACCCUUUCCCUUUCUGAUGACGUAAGAUCUAUAGCAAAAGAGUUGACACCUGAACGAUUUAAACUAAUUGCCAGAGUUUUCAUGGGAGAAUUAAAAAAUCAAGGCUUAACAAUUGCCAGCAGAUUUCUAUGGGAUCCAGAACAUGAUAGUUGGUGUGAAAGUCGAUUUCAAACCAACUCAUUUUUUGUAGUAACGACUGUAUAUGCUCUAUAUUUUGAAUAGCACUAAUAUAAUCUAAUGUUUACCAUUUAGUUCAAAUAUUUAAGCGUUUUAAAAAGUGAAUUACAUUUUGUUGAAGAAAUGAAACCUAGCAUUAACGAAAUGUGAAACAUGGAGUAUAAAGUUAAUUGUUUUAACUAAAUCCCAAAUUUUGUCUGCAUUUCUGUUUUAAUCAAUAAGCUUUUAGAACAGAAAUUAGUUAUUCAGCCCACCAUGUCCAUGCUGACCAAGUUGGCAUAUUGGGUAAGUCCCACUUGCUGACAUUUGGCCCAUUACCCUCUAAA